UUCUUGCGGAAUUUGCAAAGAUGCCUGUCCAAGCGGCUCACGAUUUGGAGAUUUCCAAGGCAGCGGCUCGGCUCUUGACAAUGCAGCACCAGGAGAAGCAGCACAAGGAUCCAGGUUCUUCCUCCCCGAUCUCUCCUUCCGUUUCUCUAUUCUCGCCAUCGCCAUACAUCAUAAACUGCAAGAGGCGCGCUUGCGGUGGCUGGGACACGAUCGCUGGAGCUGCUUGGGAAGGGAAAUCCAGGGAGGAAGUCGUAGGCCAUGACAUCUUCGCUGACGCCGUCCAAGUUCAAGAAAGAUUUGUCGUCAAUCCGGGACAGCCAGGUACUUGUAGGAUCAGCUCUCUCAACGAUCAGCUGGUAGAGCUCAAAGACGCGCUGGAAAAAUUUAUUUCGGAGUGCUCGUCGAGCAGGCCUCAGAUUUCUCGGGAGGAAGAAAGGGGCAGUCCCGAUGGUGGAGGUGCCACUGCUGGGGUGGAUUUUCAAGCUCUGCGGGGGAGAAACGUCCGGGGAAAAAUUCUGGCAGAGAUUCUUUCGUCCAGGAAGCUGACCAGCAUGAAGCUAGAGAUCGAUGAGCUUUCUACUACCACUCCCAAGGCCGAGGAUGACUGUCGGAGCUCUUCCGGAUCGCCGUGUGACGAAUUUUUCGAUGCUCGCGAUGCUUCUUCAGAAGGCUACUCUUCAAACGAGGACGGAUCGACACGAAGACACAGGAAACAAAUCUCCAGCUCGCCGAUCGACCCUGAGCUUGUCCGCCAACUUCACAUGGAAGUCAAACGGCGAAUGCAAGCGGAAGAGGCAUUGCAUAUCAUGGAGCAGUGUCAGGAAAACAUUGUCAGCAUACUCUUGUCGCCGGCUUGUCCGACACCUCCGAGAUCCAGCUCUCCCCAGCCAGUGUCAUCGGCAGCGACAAUCAACAACGGGCUUGCGAGCUUGAUUGAAGAGGACUGGCAGGACGAGAACUCCUUUCGAACAGUCAUUGCGACAGUGAUCUCGUCGGCUCUCCUUAGAGGCGUGAUCCGGCCGGACGAAGCCGAGGCGCUGGAGAAGCUCCUGGAAACUAAAGACCGUGAGAGUUCUCGACUGCGGCGGAAGCUAAAGUUUUUCGAGCACGUCAACAACGAGUUGUCUCGCAAGAACCAGGAAGCCAUAGAACGCGCGCGGAGAAUCAGACGGAGCAGACAAAAGUGGCUAAGCGUCUCGGCGAAAUGCCUUGCGGUUGGAGUUGCCAUUGGAGUGUCCGGGACUUUGCUCUACUGGUACUUCCCUUGGGACAGGCUCAAGUCUGCAAAGAAAGAAGUCGAAGCUCCUCCGGCACAGACAUGACUACUAGGUUUGAGUUACA